AUGGUGGGUCUGUCCACAGGCAAAGCCUACGAGAUCACCUACGUGCGGCUGAAGUUUCACACCAGCCGCCCCGAGAGCUUUGCCAUCUACAAGCGCAGCCGUGCCGAGGGGCCCUGGGUGCCCUUCCAGUACUACAGUGCAUCCUGUGAGAAGACCUACGGGAAGCGCCCGCGGCACUACCUGCGGCCUGGGGAGGAUGAGCAGGUGGCUUUCUGCAGCGAUGAAUUCAGUGACAUCUCACCUCUGAGUGGUGGCAACGUGGCCUUCUCCACCCUUGAGGGACGGCCCAGCGCCUACAAUUUUGAUGGAAGCCCAGCGCUGCAGGAGUGGGUGACAGUCACUGACCUGCUCAUCUCCUUGAACCGGCUCAACACAUUUGGGGAUGACAUCUUCAAGGACCCCAAGGUGCUGCAGUCAUACUACUAUGCCAUCUCUGACUUCUCUGUUGGUGGCAGGUGCAAAUGCAAUGGCCAUGCCAGUGAGUGUGCCCCGGACGAGGCUGGGAAGUUGGUCUGUGUGUGCCAGCAUCACACAGCCGGUGUCGACUGCGAGCGCUGCCAGCCCUUCUACCAGGACCGGCCCUGGGCACGUGGCACUGCUGAGGCUGCCAACGAGUGUCUCCCUUGCAACUGCAGCGGCCGCUCCGAGGAGUGUUUCUAUGACCGGGAGCUGUACCGGCGCAGUGGGCACGGGGGGCACUGUCUCAACUGCCGUGACAACACGGCUGGACCCCACUGCGAGCACUGCCGGCAGAACCACUACCGCUGGGAGCCACAGGCGUGCCACUGCCACCCUGCAGGCUCCCUGCACCCUCAGUGUGAUAGCUCAGGGACCUGUCUCUGCAAAGCCAAUGUGACUGGCUGGAAGUGUGAGCGCUGCAAUGGUUACCACAGCCUCAGCGAAGGUGGCUGCAGACCCUGCACAUGCAACCCAGCAGGCAGUGUGGGCACCUGCGAUCCCAACACAGGGCACUGCACCUGCAAGGAAAGGGUGGAGGGUCAUUUGUGCAACAGGUGCCAGCCAGGCUGGUUUAACUUGCAGCCCCACAACCCCAUCGGCUGCCCCAGCUGCUUCUCGUAUGCCUGCACGGCAGCAGAUGGCUACGAGGAGACUCACAUCUGCUCUGACUUCAGCCAAGGGCUGGAGGGCUGGUCUGCUACAGCUCCAGGCACCACAGACCUGUCUCUGCGCUGGGCUGGUGGGGAGAUUGUCGCUGAGUGGGAUGGAGAGGAGCCAAUGGAUUUUCUUCUCCUCUCUUCCCCCACAGAUAAGUUUCUGCAGAACCAGCGCCUCAGUUACGGACAGCUCCUGUCCCUGCUGCUGGGGGUGGAAGGGAAUGGGACUGGGCUGGCUCUGCUCCAGGUCCAGCUGGUGCUGGAGGGCGAGGGGAUGAAGAUCACCAUGUCCAGCACCAAGAGCCAGCCCCAGCAUGGAAAGCAGGCUGUCACCUUCAGGCUGCAUGAGACAGAGGAAGGUGUGGAGCCUUUGCUAUCAGCCUUCAGCUUCCAGCGUCUGCUCUCCAACCUGACUGCCCUUCGCCUCCGCGUGAGCCGCGGCCCCGUGCGAGGCAGGCUGUUCCUGAGUGAGGUCCAGCUCACAUCUGCUGGCCCUGGGCCUGGGAUACAGGCAGGCUGGGUGGAGAAGUGCACAUGUCCCACGGGAUAUGCCGGGCAGUUCUGCCAGUCCUGCGCUCCAGGCUUCAAACGGGAGAUCCCUUUUGGUGGCCCCUUCGUCAGCUGUGUGCCCUGCACCUGCAACCAGCAUGGGGACUGUCACCCCAUCACAGGGCACUGCCAAUGCUUGCACAAUACAGAGGGUCCCUCCUGUGAGCGCUGCAGCCCUGGGUUUUACGGCAACCCCUUCAUAGGGCGCUUCGAUGACUGCAAACCAUGUCCCUGCCCUGGCCACUCGCCCUGCACCGAGGUGCCCAGCAGUGGGGAGGUGGUCUGCACCCACUGCCCCCCAGGGCAGAGAGGAAAACGCUGUGAGCUCUGCGACGAUGGGUUUUUUGGGGACCCACUGGGGCAGAGGGGCCCUGUGCAUCCCUGUGAACCCUGCCAGUGUCACGGGAAUGUGGAUCUCAAUGCCGUGGGGAACUGUGACCCUGUGUCUGGCCGGUGUCUGCGCUGCCUGUACAACACGAUGGGCGAGCACUGCGAGAGGUGUCGAUUGGGCUUCUACGGGGACGCGCUGGCUCCCAGCCCCGCUGGGAAGUGUGCACCUUGUGAUUGCAACCCCAGUGGCUCAGCCCCAGGACUGCAGGGCUGUGAUCCCAGCACUGGCCAGUGCCACUGCCUCCCGCACGUGAUGGGCAGAGCCUGUGGGCAGUGCCAGCCUGGCUACUACGGCCUGGAGCCUGCUGUAGGGUGCAAGAGCUGCGAGUGCCACCCGACGGGGUCACGGGACAGCAGGUGCCACGCACUGACAGGGCAGUGUUCCUGCCAGCCAGGUGUCACAGGGAAGCAAUGUGAUCGAUGCCACCAUGGCUACUUCGGCUUCUCUGCCAGGGGCUGCAGAGCCUGCAACUGCUCCCCACUGGGCUCCAUCACCCUGCAGUGCCAUGAGAACAGCACCUGCCUCUGCCAGCCUGGCUUCGUGGGCUACAAGUGUGACCGGUGCCAGGCCAACUUCUUCCUCGACCCGCUGAGCUCUCGCUGCCAGCAGUGUCCUGCCUGCUAUGGGCUGGUGAAGGAUGAGGCUGACAGGCUGAAGGCCAAGCUGCAGGAGAUGGAGGAAUGGCUGCAGAAACCAGCCUGUGAUGCCCACCCAGGCCAGUCUCCUAUGCUGGGAGAUGCACCCCGGGGAGACAGGCUGCCCAGCCCACACCUCCUGCAAGGUGCCUGGGCCACCCUCUUGGCACAGGUGACACAGCUGGCAGGGAUGCUGAACACUGCACAAGGCCGUCUCACCAAUGCCAGCCAGACCACCAACUGCUCCAGCCAUGGACCCCCAAAGACCUGCAUCCUGCUGACAGAGAUCGGGGCCGUGCUGCAGUCAGCGCAGCAGGAGAUCCUGCAGGCUGCAGACACUCUGGCUACCAUGGAGAUUCCCCAGGAAAUCCCUCAGCAGGCCACAAACUGGAGCCACUGGGCACUGGAGGCAAAGGCUCUGUCUGAGAGCCAUGAGGUUGCUGUGGCACAGGUGGAAGAAGUGGUCAGGAGAGCUCUGUAUGCCUCCAACACCAGCUCCGAGCUCCUGCAGAGCCUCCUGGAAGGAAAUGCGACGUGGGAUGCACAGCAUGAGCUGGAGGCCAGGUAUGAGGAAAUCCAGCAGGCACAGGAGGAGCUGGGUGCUGGCGUGGCAGAGGUGGCAGUGGAGGCCAGGAGAGCUUUGGCAGCUGUGCAACAGGCAAAUGCAGACAUGGCCAAGAAACUUGUGCAGGUGGCUGCACUUGGGCAGCAGAUGCUGCCAGUGCAGACUGGAGACCUGGCAGAAGACCUGGCAGUGCUGGAGCAGGCAGUGGUGGCACAGGAGCCUUUGGCUCAGCAGGCUGCCGAGGCAUCCCGCACACUGGCAGCUGGACUGCGCCUGGAGCUGCAGAGGACUCUUGGCUUCGAGCAGCUGCGGGACCAGGCUGGCUCUGCCCGGGAUACAGCCACCUCAGCUGUCUUGCAUGGAAAAGUUGUGUUGUCUGAUGCAGAGUCUCUCCUGGCCCGCUUGGAAGGCAUGAGGAAGGUGCUGAAGCAUCAAAAGGGUCAGGCUGCUCUGAGCAGGAAGAUGGCAAUUGUGCGGGACAGGGUGAUGGUGGAUGCCCAGAGGAAGAUUAAACAGGCAGAGAAGACACUGGGAAACUCUUUGUCCAUCUCUACCACAGCCCAGAGGAGAGCUGGAGAGGCUGAACAAGUCUCUGAGAAGAGUGCCAAGAAGGCAGAGACCAUGCUGCAGGAGAGCAAACAGGCUCUCAAGCACGCCAGCCAGCUCGCCAUGCGUGCAAAUGAGACUCAGCAGGAGCUUUCCCGGCAGGAGCGUGUGGCUGAGAAGCUCAGGGGGGACCUGGAGGAAGCACACCAAGUGGUGUCAGAGGUGAAUGAGAUGGCAAAAAGUCUCCAGGAAGCCCGGGGCUCGCUCAUGUCGGACAUUGAGACCCUGAACGACCUGCUGAGCCGCCUAGACAACCUGGAGCAGGACACGGAGGUGGAGAGGGUGCUGAGCGCUGGGCAGCUGCAGCUGGAGCGGCUGUGGUCACGCCUGGCUGCUCCGGGCUCCCUGGCCGGCCAGCUCAGCCGGCUGCAGCAGGAGGCAGCACAGCAGCAGGAGAAGAUCCAGGCGUUCGAGAGCGACUUGGCUGAGAUCCGGGCUGACAAGAGGAACUUGGAGGACAUUUUACGGAGUCUCCCUGAGGGCUGCUCGAAUUGA